AGUGGAUUUCAUUGUGCAGCUGCGUUCAAUGCAAUCAACACGGGCAAGACCAUACAGAACUCGUGCUGCGUGUCAACAAAUGAUUUACCAUCUCUUCUGCUGUCAUCAAAAUGUUUUUCCUGCCCACUCACUAGCGUACACUCAGGCACCACACAUAUCUUUUUCCAUCACUCAGGCAUUUUGUGUUGAUCGCUAAAACUCUAUAUUUUACCCUCAUCGUUGGCUGUCUGCCAGCUCAGAUGGAUCCUCCAGCUCGAUCGUCUGAAUUUCUGGCGCAGGAAUGUUACUCUUUGCUGACUCCCCGUGGUGUGUCUACCACCUUUUUUUCUUAUCUAGACAACUUUCUUCUGUGGUUUCUCACAAAAGUAUAGCUAUAAAUAUACCUAAAUAGAAGCUUGUGGCAAUAUCUCUCCCACAGGCUCCUCUGCUGAGACCUCACGCUCUGUAUUUAGUGGUUAUGGGACGUGUGACAAUGUGACAAUGUGGUCGGUGAGCUGAGGAAAAAUUGAUCAACAGGAAACUCAUUCACCCCAAUCGAAGUUAAGCAGAUUUAACAGAUCUGCAAUGACAAAAUAGUAUUGUUUGGUUUUAAAAAUCCCUGAGCUAUUGAAUAUUGUGUUAUUUGCUUUAUUUAUUAUGUAAUGGAAAAUAAGGACAUGCCACUUUUUUUACACACAAGCACUACAUUUACUAUCACUUCAACCAAAACACGUGGCUACUAUUUUAAAAUCUGGAAACCAUAACAUCAAACAUCCUGCACUAAACAGAACAAAUUAAGAACUAAAAAAAAAAGUAUUUAAAGAUCUUUUCAGUGACACAAAUAUGUGUCUAUGUAUCUGAGUGGUUGAAACCUGACACCUUAUGGGCUGUGGCGAGAUGGCGAGAAGAUAGAAAACUGGGUGUCACUGCCUACCUUCACUUGAGAGGUGUGCUUCCCUCCGGACUGGUAUCUGGAUUUCAUCCUCUGGGCAUUUCCUUGGAGAAGUUUUCCAGUGGAUGCUGAACAACAUGAAUAUCCUACAGGUUCUGGGUUUCCUUCAUCUGCUGGUUUUGCCCGCUUUGGCACUGACAGAGCCUAUCCCAGACUACUGGGGAGAGUUUGGACCCUAUGGGCCAUGCAGUCGCUCCUGUGGAACAGGAGUGUCAAUGAGAACCAGGAAAUGUAUUACUGCCAGGACAGAUGGAGGACAUAACUGCCUGGGAUCAUCCAAGUCCUACCGUACCUGUAAUACACAAGCAUGUCCAGCCAGUGCAAGGGACUUCAGGGAGGAGCAGUGUUCAGAAUUUGACAGAAUGGACUUUCAGGGAAAACGCCAUACAUGGGUGCCUUACUAUGGAGCAAGCAAUCCAUGUGAGCUGAACUGUGUCCCCAGAGGAGAAAACUUCUUCUACCGACAUAGACCUGCAGUGGUGGAUGGGACAAAAUGCUACACGGGCCGCACUGAUAUCUGUGUGGAUGGAACCUGCAGGGUCCUAACCCAUGGAGACUUUAUGGGCUUGGAUGAAGACCCUAACUCAGUGCACAUUGCUGCUCCAGUUGCUGUUGCCCCUCACCCACGGGAGACCUACACUUACACCUACAAGACAGGCGUCUAUGGUGCAUGCUCCGCCACCUGCAACGGGGGGAUGCAAUACCGCACAGUAGAGUGUUGGAUUCAGGACCCACACAACCCCCGUGUGGUGGAGGAGUCUUACUGCAUUACCCAGCGCUUGCAGAGGCCACAAAGCCAGCAGGCCUGUAACAUGCAGCCAUGUUCUGCAGAGUGGAGCGUCUCCAGCUUCAGCGUGUGUUCGGUGACAUGUGGUGAGGGCCAGCAGACCAGAGAGGUGCACUGUGUGGGGACAAGAGGUGAACGUCUGGGUGACCAUGCCUGCAGGGGAGUGGCACGACCUGCAUCUGUCCAGGCCUGCCGCAGACCUGCCUGUCAUACACGCAUUUCUUGGCAUGUGACUGACUAUGGCCUGUGUACUAGAAACUGUGGUGGUGGUGUGAGAGAAAGAAGAGUGGGCUGCUUUGACACAGAUCUGAACCCCUACCCAGAGACCAGAUGUGGACCAGCCAGCAGACCUGUUAGUGUGGAGGCAUGCAACACGCAACCUUGCACUGAAGGACAAAUGGUCCCAAGUGUGCAGGAUCCAAGGACACAUGAAUCCACCAUGAGAGGAUUUGUGCCCCAUGUUCCAGGAGAUCAUUCAGAUCCGUACCCACCAGUGAUCGGUCCCCACUGUUCUCAGUCAUACUACGGUUGCUGUUCUGAUGGUUAUACCAGUGCUACAGGGCCCAGAAAUGAAGGCUGCUACCAAGAUGAUUGUGUUCGUUCCAGAUACGGAUGUUGUUUGGAUGGUGUGACUGCAGCGCAAGGAUUUGGAAGACUUGGAUGUCCUGAGUACCAGCAACCACCAGUCCAGACUCCAACAUCUGACGUGUGCUCCCUGCCCCGCGAUGACGGCCCCUGUGAUACCUGGGCAGUCCGGUUCUACUACGACUCAGGCACUGGCAAAUGUACCGAGUUCUGGUUCGGAGGCUGCCAUGGCAACGGCAAUAACUUUGUCACCAUGGAUGCAUGCCAGAGACGGUGUGGGGGUAGGACAGUUGACCCCCCACCUGCCCCUCGCAGAGCAUCACCCAGGGUUACUCUGAGGUCAAGGGCAUAACUUAAUACCCAAAUCAUAGGAGAACGAUUUGCCAUCCUAAGGCAACUCACGUCAUAUCUAUACAGAAACAGAAGAAUCCAUACCAACGUGUAUUGCAAAACAAUCUGUAUCACUCAUUUGGACAUCUGACUUCAUAUUAAAUGGCCUAGGCUUACAUUAUCAUUUCCCCUGCUCUGUGUUUGGACUUUAUUACCUUUUAUCAAUGAUUUUGUUGAGCUUUUCCUUAUAUUCAUAUUAUUGGUGUAUUCAAUUCAGGAGCCUAAACUAAAAUACAUUAAUAUCUGUUACUUUGCAUCUGAAGUAAAUCUAAUAAAUAAACUGUCAGUUUUAAAUGAAGGGGUUAGUGUGUGAAGAAAACUUGAUCUAAAAA